GAGGUCUGCAGGCCAUCGCAAUCGCGUUGGCGCCAAACAGCCUGCAUGUGAUACCUUGCAGCUAUGACAAUAAACGAUUAGACAUACCUGUUCUCAGCAUUUGCAUAUUUACCGCCUCGACUGCAAUCCCGAAAGACCAACCGUCAGGCGGGACUCGCGUACUCUGUCAAGGCCUCCUGAACCUCUUCAGAUAUAAUCGAUUAUAAAGUCCGCUUGGCACCGCUACAUACCUUUGAUUCAACUGCUGAAAAUGGCACCCGAGGCGAACUCUUGCUGCGCGAAGGGCCCUGGAUAUGCCACGCCGCUGGAUGCCUACAAGAACGGUGCGCGCGAGAAGCUGCUGUACGUGCCGUGCGUGGUUCCCGACCACUCGCGGCCCGACUACAUCGCCACCAUCGACGUGGACCCCGAGUCGGCCACCUACCAGCAGGUCAUCCACCGCCUGCCAAUGCCGCACCUGGGAGACGAGCUGCACCACAGUGGCUGGAACUCGUGCUCCUCCUGCCACGCCGACCCCUCCGCCCCCAAGCGCAAGUUGCUGGUGCUGCCCGCGCUCGGCUCCGGCCGCGUGUACGGUGUGGACACGCUGACGGACCCCCGCGCGCCGCGCAUCGGGGCGGUCGCCGAGCCCGAGGACAUCCAGGCAGCCACCGGCCUCAGCUACCUGCACACCAGCCACUGCGCCCCGGACGGCAGCAUCAUGGUGAGCGCCAUGGGCGACAAGGAGGGUUCGGCGCGCGGCUCCUUCCUGCUGCUCACCCAGGACCUCAAGGUCAAGGGCGUGUGGAGCCCCGAGGAGACGCCCUACGGCUACGACUUCUGGUACCAGCCCCGCCUCAACGUGAUGGUCAGCUCGGGCUGGGGCGCGCCCAAGGCCUUCAGCAAGGGCUUCAACCCCGCCGAGGUGGCGGAGCAGUACGGCCAGUCGCUGUGGGUGUGGGACUGGGCCGGCCGCAAGAUCAAGCAGCGCAUUGACCUGGGCGACAAGGGACUGCUGCCGCUGGAGGUUCGCUUCCUGCACGAGCCCACCGCGCCGCACGGCUUCGUGGGCGCCGCGCUGAGCUCGUCCGUGUUCCACUUCACGCCCUCGGGCCCGGGCGAGGACGCGCCGUGGGCCGCCAACCUGGUGGUGGAGCAGCCCUGGACCAAGGUGGAGGGCUGGGUGCUGCCGGAGCUGCCGCCCUGCAUCACCGACAUCCUCAUCUCCCUCAACGACAAGUUCCUGUACGUGAGCAACUGGCUGCGAGGCGACAUCGUGCAGUUCGACAUCAGUGACCCCGCCCACCCCAAGGUGGCGGGCCGCGUGUGGGUGGGCGGCCUGGUGCACAAGGACAGCCCGCUCAAGGUGGUGUCGGGUCUGCCCGAGGACACGCCCGAGCAGCCCGUGCUGCCCACCGUGGCGGGCGUCACGCUGCGCGGCGGCCCCCAGAUGCUGCAGCUGUCGCUGGACGGCCGCCGCCUGUACGUCACCAACAGCCUGUACAGCCCCUGGGACAAGCAGUUCUACCCCUCGCUGGUGGAGGGCGGCAGCCACCUGCUCAAGAUCGACGUGGACCCUGAGAACGGCGGCAUGACGCUGGACACGGACUGGAUCAUUGACUUCGGCAAGGAGCCCGAGGGGCCGGUGCUCGCACACGAGGUGCGCUACCCCGGCGGCGACUGCUCCAGUGACAUUUGGAUUUGAAGGAGGAGCUGGAGGAAGGAGCAACAUCGAGAUCUGGUGGAGAGGAUUGGAUGCUGAGGAUUGGGUCCGAGCAUAUGAAAACCGGCAGGCUGCCGGGUUGUGCUAGGUUUGUUUUGCGCUGGUGCACUGUGCUGGUCAAAGUUUUUGAGGUGGCGUGCUGACGUGGCUGGUGCGCGGUGUGGGAUUGGCGAGGCGUGGGCGAGGGGUGUCAGGGAGGCGGCGGACGUCCUGUAUGAAUGAUUUGUCAUCCCUUCUCACGGGUGACCCUGGUGCUUCGAAUGAAUGUACGGUAUGAAUGUUGGCUUUACAUGGCGGCGGCGCCGUGAGCUUACUUGAGAUUGGGUGACAGGAUGCUGCGAGUCAUUGGUGUACCCUAAGCUUCGUGUUAUCAUACACACGCAUCCUGCACAUGCAACCCUUCACACGUUUAAGAACACCAUAGCGCAUUUCCACACGACAUGAGCUACAAAGCUGUGAUGGCGAUUGGCGAUUGAGCCACAAAGACUAGAGAGAGUCGAGGGAGUGAAGGCUGGCGCGGUACUGAGCAAGCAUUGGCCGUUUUGAUGCCAACGAUGGAAUGCCGCUGAAUGUUGUGGGUUGUUCCUUUUUCUUAUAGGCGCACCAGCUUCUUGGAAAAGCCGUGAGGCGCAUGAGGCAUGGGAAGCAGCAGGAAGCAGGAGGUUGUUGGCAGCGGGUCCGGGGGAUGGGGGCUGCCGUGUGUGUCGUUGAAGGCCACCCGCCAGCAAUGUAACGUAUCUUUUAUACAGCUCGCGAAUGCCAUUGUUGCUUACCUUAUAGACAAACUUUUGGUAUUAGCGCUCAGCUUGCAUCACCGCAGGCAUCGAGGCCGAAGCUCGCUGGCGACUCGGCGUCAGGCCUGGCGGUACAACACAGAUGUAACGAUAUGGAUGA